ACGCACCGCCCAGGAGGGGGCGGGCCCGGCGGGUCGGGGGGCGGGGCCGGGGUCCCAGCUCGGGCCCGCCUCCGCCUCCGCCAGCUCCUGUGAGCCGCCGAGUGCUAAGCACCCGGGCUCUUCUGGGGGCUCCAGGCGCCGCCCAAGAGACCCUGGGCCGGCGCCGGGCGCAGCUGCCUCUCCGUCUUUGUGUCUCUCUCUGUGUCUGUCUGGCUAUCUCCGAGUUUGCCUCCGCUUCCAGAACUAAGCCACCCAGACACCAUCAUCCCGAAAACCCCAGCCCUUCUCCCAUGGCAGGCUACUUGCCCCCCAAAGGCUACGCCCCUUCGCCCCCACCUCCCUACCCUGUCACCCCUGGGUACCCGGAGCCGGCGCUACAUCCUGGGCCCGGGCAGGCGCCAGUGCCCGCCCAGGUACCUGCCCCAGCUCCCGGCUUCGCCCUCUUCCCCUCGCCCGGCCCCGUGGCCUCGGGGUCUGCUGCCCCCUUCUUGCCACUGCCAGGGGUGCCUUCUGGCCUCGAAUUCCUGGUGCAGAUUGAUCAGAUUUUGAUUCACCAGAAGGCUGAGCGAGUGGAAACGUUCCUAGGCUGGGAGACCUGUAACCGGUAUGAACUGCGCUCUGGGGCCGGGCAGCCCCUGGGUCAGGCGGCCGAGGAGAGCAACUGCUGCGCCCGUCUGUGCUGUGGCGCCCGCCGGCCGCUGCGUGUCCGCCUGGCCGACCCCGGGGACCGCGAGGUGCUGCGUUUGCUCCGCCCGCUGCACUGUGGCUGCAGCUGCUGUCCCUGUGGCCUCCAGGAGAUGGAAGUACAGGCUCCACCAGGCACCACCAUUGGCCACGUGCUACAGACCUGGCAUCCCUUCCUCCCCAAGUUCUCCAUCCAGGAUGCCGAUCGCCAGACAGUCUUGCGAGUGGUGGGGCCCUGCUGGACCUGUGGCUGUGGCACAGACACCAACUUUGAGGUGAAGACUCGGGAUGAAUCCCGCAGUGUGGGCCGCAUCAGCAAGCAGUGGGGGGGCCUGGUCCGAGAGGCCAUCACGGCUGCAGAUGACUUCGGCCUACAGUUCCCGCUGGACCUGGAUGUGAGGGUGAAGGCUGUGUUGCUGGGAGCCACUUUCCUCAUUGUGAGUUGGCUGCCCCUGCCCCCACCUCCUGCCUGUCCUUUGCUGUCAUUUGAAGCUUUAUGCGUUUCCUGGCCUCUUGCUAGGGGAAGGUCAGGGAUAGGUGUUGCGGGGGUUGAGGUUCUAGAGCUGGCCUGUGACAGCCAAGCUGGGCUGGCCCAGCCGGAUCUCCCAUUGACAGUGGCCUCCUCUUAGGACUACAUGUUCUUUGAGAAGCGAGGAGGCGCUGGGCCCUCUGCCAUCACCAGUUAGAGGCCCCUAUGGUGUGAGGAGACCAUCACCUCGACCAGAACUCCAGAUGGUCACCUGCCCUGGCCCCUCCUCUGGGCAGCCCCUUUCCCCCAUGUACACUGCAGGGGACAGAAGGGGGACCCCAUCCCUACCCUACUCCCUGGCCGCCUGCCCCUGUGGUCCCCAAGGAGGGGUAUGUAUGAGAGCCCCUCUCCUGCUACCUCCCACCACUGUCCCAGCAGUCCCUCGGCACACAGGCAUAUUGGCUUUCACGCUUUCCCCAUGCACUCCCUCCCACCCCUUUCCAGGGCCUCUGCUCCAAAGGAGGCCUCUGGAACCCAGGACUCUGGGGUUUUACAAGAGGGCUGGGGUGUGGAAGGGCAAGCUGCUGCACCAAAGACGGUGGAUAUAGCCACCGCCCCCGCCCCCCCGCCCCGCCGCUGCCUAGCAUCUCCUUGGCCAAUUAGUUCAGCCUCAGACCAUGGCACUUUGAGGGGGUCUCUACCUCCCCAUCAACAGCUGCAGGGGGACCCCAGUGCCAACUUCCUCUCCCACUAGGGCCCUGCCUUCAGCUGGUGCUUGCUGCGAUUCCUGUGCCUUAUGUAACUGCCCUUCCUUCCCUUGCCCUAGGAAAAAGGCUGCAUCUUUAUAUGUUACAUUCAUAUAAACUUUGUAACUUUUUGGACAUUGAAA